CCCUUGGCUGUAUCGUUAACAAUAAACCAACCCGAGAAAAAUAAAAAAAAACACCACCGCCGGUAAAACUUUCCGGCGAGAAAAUCCUCAAGUUUAAAGAGAAGAGAUAGAUUGGUCGAUAUCGUUUGGGAUUCUCGAAGAAGAAGAGAGUGCAACGAUCAAUGGUAUUACGCGGUGAGAUGACGACGCCGACGAGGAGGAGAACGGAGCGACCGAAGAGUCUCCAUAAUUUCACGCUCCCGGACUUGAAGUGGGGGAGUCAGCGUCAUCUCAAGUGCUCGAGGAUCGAUUCUUUGCGCAGCGGUUCCGGCGAUCACCGGCUCCGACGCCGAUCUCCGCCUUUCAAACUCCCUGCUUCGAUCCCGUCUGAUCACCGGAGGAGCAUCAACAACCAGCACCGCCGCGCACCGUUCGAAUCUGUGGAGAACGGCGGCGAGGAGGAAGAAGAAGGGAUCGAGGAGUUCAGGGUGAAGAUCAUGUCGGAUCUGAAGACGGUGAGGGAUAAGAUCACGCAAUCGAUGUUUAGGGAACACGCGCUCGAGGACGAAGAAGAAGAGGGGAAGACCGACGAGUCCGGCCGCGAGAAGGUUUCUCCGGCGAAGCCGUGGAAUCUGAGGAAAAGGAGGGCCGCGUGCAAGGAGCCUGUUUCGGAGAGGAUAGCGAAUCCUUCGCCGCCGAGGGUGAAGGAGAGAGGCGGAGUGGUGGAAGCCGAGACGGCGGCGAAGGAGAUGAUGAUGCGGCGGGGCAAGUUCUCCGUGAAGCUGUCGAAGAAGGAGAUCGAGGAGGAUUUCAUGGCGGCUCUUGGGCACCGACCACCGCGCCGGCCAAAGAAGCGGCCGAGGACCGUUCAGAAGAAGCUCGACAGCUUGCAUCCUGGGUUUUAUCUGAGUGAAGUGACGCUUGAUGCCUAUAAGGUCCCUGAAGAAACCAAGAAUAUACAGCGAUGAUGAUGUAAAAGAUUAUGUAAUUCAGUUGCCGUGAAGUUUCAAAGAGUUGUCAAUCUUUUGAAA